UUGGGCACCAGCACCAUGAAGACCUUGGUUGUGUUCGCACUGGUGGCUGCCGCCUCCACCUACUCAUUCAGCGGCUUCCAGAGAGACGAACCUGAUGUGCCACUGGCACAGAAACAACAUGACAUCAGCUCGCUACUUUACAAAGUGUAUGAGCCCCUGCAUGAUGCCAACCUGAAGACCCUUGUUGACACCUUUGACCCAGAGGCAAACGCAUCUAACUUCCCUGACGGUGGUGUAGCUGUCCGUAAGCUAUUGUCUGAAGAGAAC